AUGGAAAAGUGAAUGUUUCUGCUUAGUCCUAUUUAUCUUUUCUUUAUUCUUCUCCUUCUUCUCCCUAGUCAUGGCUGCAGGACACGUGCAGGAGUUCGCGUGCUUCACAGACUAUGACAAGGAGCUGGUUUGUCACUGGAAGGUGCCUGCACACAUGAAUUGCUCCACAGAAUUCCUCCUCUACUACAGGAAGGAAUUUUUUUCUCUGCCAAACAGUGUGUGUGUCCCCGAGAAUGGAAAAGACAGUUUAAGGUGCACUUGCACAAUAUGUCCGGAUUAUUUUGUAUCAGGCCUCACAUAUAUUCUAGCUCUACAGUACAAUGGGACUGAUACGUGGAAUUACAGUGUUACACCAGCCCUGGUUGUGAAGCCAAGGGCCCCCAAAAAUCUUGCCAUUGAGAAAGCUGAAAAUGGUAAUUUCAAUCUGAGCUGGGAGGAGAGCUACGCUCCUCCAUCCAUGCUCUCUGGACAGCCAGUCAUCCAUGAAGUGAAAUACUGGAGGAAGCAGCACCCGACAGAGGUUUUUGUAAAAGCAAUUAACUACCAGGCAAAAAGCUUUGAAAUCACUGCAAGCUCCUUGAGGAGAGGCUAUGAUUACAUUGCAAGUGUGAGGUGCAACUAUACAGACUACCCAGCCUACUGGAGUGAAUGGAGUGAAGAAGUUGAAUUUUACUAUGAAUACCGAGUGACAGCUGAAGACAUUCUGCAAAUGGCUGUUCCCGUGUCCUGCAUCCUGAUCAUGGCAGUAUCUGUCAUUUGUUACUUCUGUUUCACCAGAGUGAAGAAAGAAUGGUGGGAUCAAAUCCCAAAUCCAGCAAAGAGCCAUUUGGUCAUAAAAAAUGUCAAGUUUUCAGUUUCGUGCUACAUUGAUGAAAUUAAGUUCCCCUUCCACGACUUAAAGCAGAAUCAUAUGGAAAAGCAAAUAAGUUGCAAGAACUGUCUGGCUCAAAUUUUGUCAAGCCAAAACUUCAAGGGAAAAGAUAACGUCAGAAAUGUUGAGAAAUCCUGUAGUUGCCACAACAAGUCCGGAGACUGGUUUCCAAAAGGCAGCAGUGCAGUUUUAACCCCUGAGACAAGUCUGGUUGAGGAGUCUAUAGAAAUCUGUGAAUGUUUAACAGACAUUGAGGUUGAGCACCAGGAAGAGACUUGUGACCAUAUCGCUGUGUUUGAGCCUUCCGAGAGCAGUGCCAGUGCUUUCAGAGAGCACACUGAACACAAUGAUGCAAUAGCUAGCAUGUUUAUUAAGCUCCUGGCAGACGAAAACAUGCAAGACCAUAAAGACCCAGACAUCAUCACUGGUGAGAAUAAAACCUUUGAGAAAC